AGAACCGCCAUCCAAGAUCUGUCGCGGGAGGACACAGUCUGGCCUUCCCCGACACCAUGUAUUUCGUGCCCAGAAACCUCGCCAAGACCCCAAAAUACGAUAUAUACGAGCAUUAUGAGGGGGAGGAGGGAAGCUACACCGCCAUCGCUGCCGCAGGUAUGGGCGGCCACCACGUGCCUAGCCUUAGCAGGGGCGUGGGCAGAGGAAGGGGCAGAGGUACUCCAGUCUGCUCUUCCAGCACUCUCAGCACCCCAGUUUUCUCCUAUAGCACCCCUAGUACCCCUGUCAUCGGCCCCAGCACCCCUGUCAGCACCCCCAUCAUGUCAUUCAGCACCAAACUCAGCACUAGUGAGGAUUCCAGGCAAUUUAGCACCCCGCCAGUUGGUCCACGCACUCCUAGCACUGACCUCAGCACUAGUAAGGACUCUAGACAGCUCAGCACUCCACCAGCAGGGCUUCUUCCGCGGACACCAAGCACUGCACUCAGCAACGUCAGCACCCUCAGCUCCAUGUAUUCCACGCCUCUCUCCACCACACUCCCUCCACCCCUUGCCCGUUUCUCCUCCUCCAUCUUCCCCUCACCAUCCCCUCCCUCCUCUUCCACCUCCUCGUCUUACAGGGGUAGGGGAGGCAGGGGAGGGAUCUACAGGGGGAACUAUGACACCAAGUUCCAGUAUAGUCAAACCUCCCCUUGCGGUACUCCAGUCUGCUCUGCCACCACUCUCAGCACCCCUAGUACCCCUGUCAUCGGCCCCAGCACCCCUGUCAGCACCCCCAUCAUGUCAUUCAGCACCAAACUCAGGACUAGUGAGGAUUCCAGGCAACUUAGCACCCCGCCAGUUGGUCCACGCACUCCUAGAACUGACCUCAGCAACCUCAGCACUAGUAAGGACGCUAGACAGCUCAGCACUCCACCAGCAGGGCUUCUUCCGCGGACACCAAGCACUGCACUCAGCAACGUCAGCACCCUCAGCUCCAGGACGCCGGGGUCAGCACGCAGCAGCAGCAGAAGGACUCCGAGCUCGACAAGAAGCAGCAGAACGCCCGGCUCAGCAUGCAGCAUUACCAUGACGCCGAUGUCAGCAACUCAGCAACUGCCACCCUCAACUAUUGUAGCCGUGGUGGAGGGGCGUGGACAGGCUCAGGGCGAGGUGGGUCUGGCGGCCGUGGAUCUUCGGCGCCCACAGAUCACCCUGGCGCAGUUUUCGGACACGCACACCUACACCCACACCCUCACCAAGCUGGGCCUCCUCAAUCCCCUCGAGGUGGUGGUCGCAACAACAGCGGCGAGAGCUGAGUGCGAGGGGGCAGCAGGAGGCGGAGGAAGAGGAGGACGAGGAGGACGAGGUCUCUUGAGAAUGGUGCAAGAGAGCCUAGCUGACGUCUCGGUAACCGCCAUCCAGCGCCGAUACUUCAACGACGCCCGCGGACUGGCCACCAUCAAGCACCUCGCGGCCCCUCAUUGCGCCUACGUGGAGAGACAGGUGGCUAACAGGUAUUACUGUCUGGCAUCGGUCGCGGCGUUGAUGAAGUACGUGGAGCUUGUGCAACACGUGACCUAUGCCCCGCACAGCUUACACGUGGAACUGACCUCAUCUGAAGACACCAUGAACUUAGACUUCUGGUCCUGGCGCGCCCUGGAAGUGGUUCGAAGCCUUCAAGGGGAGUGGCAGGACUCUCUCUUCGGGGCCCUGAGGCACACACGCACGCCGGCAGGCACUAGGAAGCUGAGGGCCACGUUGCUGCAGCCUUUCUCUAACCCAGUCACCAUCAACGCUCGCCUGGACAGCCUGGAGUACCUCGCCCAGAACCCAGACCUCUUCCACACCCUCCAGUCCAUCCUCGGUCGCUUUCCCGAUAUCGACUGGCUCCUAUCCAUGUGUGUGCAGAUGCCUAAAGAGGACACGGAGCAGCGGAGCGAGCAGCGUCUCAACUACGUGAUCGGCCUUAAAAAUACCCUGGAGCUGCUGGAACCGCUCGGCAUGGCCCUGGUGGCGGUGGCUGACCCUUUCCUGGCGUCCAUAAGAGAGACUGUUGGACACGAGGGUCUGCAGGAACUACUUGAGGUGCUACGCGGAGUCCUACACGAAGACGCCCGCCUAGUGAAGGGCGCGGCUGCCAUGAGGACCCUGCGAUGCUAUGCUAUAAGGAACGGCGUCAACGGUCUCCUCGACGUGGCCAGGAAGAUUUACUCAGAGAUCAUUGACGACAUAACAGAGAGCGUGGCGGCGGUGGGCAAGCAAUACGGGGUGCCAGUAAGGGUCGGUCACAACGCUGCCCUCGGCUUCCACAUCAUCAUCCCCGUGGCCAAGAGAUCAAAGCCUCCCGCCUUGCCCAAGACAUUCAUCAAGGUACAGCGUGGGCGAGGCUGUCUGUCUUGCACCACCGAGCUUGUCUAUCAACUCGACCAGCGAGCAAGGGACAUCGUGAGGGAGAUUCUGGUCAUGAGCAACGUCAUCGUCCAGGAGGUCUUAGGCGAGGCACGCAGCAAGAUCGGCGUCCUGCAUGACCUAGGCGAGGCUGUGGCUACCCUGGACCUGGUAGUGGCUUUGGCUCACGUGGCGGCGCUGGGCUCGUGGGUUCGGCCGGAGUUCUCGCACACUAUGGCCAUCCGAGGAGGCCGGCACCCCAUCCUGGACCUCCUCUCCCCUACGCCGCCUGUGCCUAAUAACUCGUUCCUGGGUCCCGGCAGCCUCCUGAUGGUGGUCACGGGUCCCAAUAUGAGCGGCAAGAGUACCUACCUGCGCCAGAUUGCCCUCAUCCAGGUGCUCGCUCAGAUCGGGAGCUUCGUGCCGGCGGAGAUGGCGUCGCUGCGGCCCGUCACCAAGCUGUUCACACACUUAGGCUCAGAGGACCGUCCGGAGGCUAACGAGUCCACCUUCCAAGUGCAGAUGAACGAGGUGGCACACAUGAUGGUUGGCACGGAGGAAAUACUGCUAGGAGGAGGAGGAAGACGAGAAGGAGGAGGAGGAGGAGAAAGAGGAGGAGGAGGAGGAGGAGGAGGAGGAGGAGAAUCAGGCACAGGAUCAAGAGGAGGAGCAGGCCCUGACUCCCUAGUGGUCCUGGACGAGCUGGGAUCAGGCACGUCGCUGGAGGAGGGCGGUGCCUUGGCCUGGGCGGUUGUGGAGGCACUGACCCGCCUUGGUGCCACGACGGUCCUGGUCACCCACACGCUCUUCCUCACACGCCUGGCCGCCCUCUACCCCAACGUUACCAACUACCACAUGGAAAGCCUGGAGAGCGCGGGCGGCCGUCUGCAGCUGACUCACAUGCUGCGGAAGGGCGUGACCCGCACCACGCACUACGGCCUGUCCCUCGCUGCCCUCACGCCCCUGCCGCCCUCGGUGCUGGAGCGCGCCAGGCACCUCGCCCACGCCAUGGCCCCGCCCACUAAGGUAAGUGUAACCGACAACAACGAGGAAGCGGAGAUCGAGGAGAGCCGCCACGCUGUAUACCGCCUCGCCCACCGCCUCAUGGCCCUCGCUAGCACCUUACCCACCCCAACCCCCACCCCCGCCAGCACCCCAGCCACGCCCACACACCCUAACACCGCCCACACACCAGCAGAUACCACCCACGUACCCUCACCGCCCUCCCCACGGCUGGUUGGACAUGGGGUAACAUCACUAAGCCCCUCUGAUGACCCGGCCCGCCCUGAGUCUGUGUCCCCAAGUCAAGAGUGCAGUGCUGACCCUAUUCUGACCUGUGACUCGAGUGUGGGUAGUGCUAAGAAUGCCUCCGCAGCCCUAAUGCCUUGUACUGGAGGUUUCGAUCCCAAAUUAGGAGGUUUUGAUCCUAUUUUGACCUGUGAUCCCAUUCCUGCCAGUGCCAAUAAUGCUAGCACGACCCAGGUGAUGCCUUGUACUAGCGGGUUUGAUCCUAUGCUGGCCUGUGAAUCGGUUUCUGGAAAUGUUACUAAUCCUAACAUAACCCAGUUGAUCCCUUGUAAUAGCGGUUUCAAUCCCAUUCCGGCCUGUGAUUUUAUUCCUGGCAUUGCUAAUGAUGGUAACACAGCCCAGUUGGUGCCUUAUUCUAGUGGUUCUGAGGACACCACCUCCAUAUCGCGUUCUCUACCAAGGCAGGAGAACAUCACAGGCACGUCACACGGCUUACAAGACCAAGGGAACAUCACAGCAGCUACCCCCGGUUUAAAAGAUCAGCAGAACAUCAUAGGGUCACACGAUUUACAAGACCAUAACAUCACAGCUACAUCAAACGGUUUUCAAGAGCAGAACAUCACAGACACAUCCCACAGUUUACAAGGCCCAGAGAACAUCACCUCAGCCUCCCGCAUCAACACAUCACACGGUUCACAUCACCAAGGGAACAUCACCGGCACAUCCCAUGAGUUACAAGACCAGCAGAACAUCACAUUAGGCUCCCCCAUCAACACAUCACAGGGUAUCAGCACCCCAUCCACCUCCUCAACCAACUUACGAACUAACACAUUGAUCCAAGAGGAGCUGAGUGCCAUGGGUGUGGGCGCGGGGGCCAGGGCAGGGGGGCAGGGCACGGAGGAGCUCAGGGCACAGCUGGAGGCACUGCGACGGGACUUCCUGGCUAAGGUGGCACGCUCUGACCUGCAGCGUGUCAUGUCUGGGGCGCCGCGGCUCUGCUGAAGGAACACGCCCAACACGCACCUUGUCUCGCUGGCUGCCGGGGACCUCCUGGUGGUGCUGCUGACGGUGCCCUUCACGUCGGUGGUGUACACGCUGCCCACCUACCCCUUCACGGAGGGCGUCUGCCGCGCCUCGGAGUUCGCCAAG